AAAAGAAAAAAACUUAUAGUGUGUAUUAAAUUAUACUUAUUUCAUUUGAGAAACUCAUGUAACACUCUCUCCACACUUUUAAGGGUGAAAAGUAUAAAUUUAAAAAUCAAUUAAUGUAAUAACAAUACAUGUAUAAUAAAAAAAUGGAAAUAAAGAUUUGUGAAACUCGAUGCCCUCAAUAUUCUAACCCUUUUAAGACCCUUUCUAACUCUUAUCUUUCUUGGUCUCUCUCUCUCUCUCUCUCUCUCAACAAAAGCAUUGAGAAAGCUGCAAGGACAUAAUCUACUUUUCUUCUUCUCUUUGUGCAGAGAGUAAAGACUAAUUUAGAGAGAAGAUCAAGAAAGAACAUGGGUAAUGGCUACAAUCACCAACAAAACCUGCAUCUUCAAUACAAGGCGACAUUUUUGCCUAUGUUAUGUUCAAGACCAUCCAUUAAAGAUGUGGCUCUUCCCAAACUAGAAGAUCGAUCCAUGUCUUUAUCUAGUGACCCUUUAUCGCCAAAGAUCGGGUGCAUGGGCCAAGUCAAGAGACACAACAAGAUAGUCGGUUUCCCUACUCCUAACAAGAUCACCCUCACCGCCACAAGAAAUGACAGUAACAGUGCUCUUGUCAAGUAUUCUAAGCUUAAGAGGAUCUUCUCUGUCAAGAAUAAUCCCACUAGCACCACCGCGGCAAUACAAAAUUCUACUACUUGUAAAAGAGGACGAAUGAUAUUGAAUGGAGCAAGAAGACCCAAGAUUGAAGAUAGCAGAGACAGUAAUCCUGUUUCCAUUAGAAUAGAAGAUAUGGACCCUCCUUUGCCUGUGAUCAAGAAAGUGCAUAAAGCAGCUGAUGGAGAGGAAGCAGAUACUAUUUGGAAGAGGAGGUCUGGUGGGCUUGCAUUGAAAAAUUUGCAGCUGCAACAGAUUCAACUUAGUAGACAUAACCUUGCACCAACUACUGUUUGAUGAGCAACUCCUAGUGGAGGUGAGGCAAUGCAUAGGAAAUGUAUAUGGUUCAAUUUUCUAAUUUCAGUUUUGUUAUUAGUAGAGAUCUCUUUGAGUUAUAACUAAGAAGCAAUUGGAGUACGGUGAUUGUAUCAAGAAUGUAUAUGAAUACCUUGUAAUAGUAAAAAAUAUAGAUCUACCCUAUUACCACUUUA